GGGGAAGAUGGCGGAUGACAAGGAUUCUCUGCCCAAGCUUAAGGACCUGACAUUUCUCAAGAACCAGCUGGAGCGCCUUCAGCAGCGUGUGGAAGAUGAAGUCAACAGUGGUGUAGGCCAGGAUGGCGCAGUCUUAUCCUCCCCAUUCUUCAAGGGAUUCCUGGCAGGAUACGUGGUGGCCAAACUGAGGGCAUCAGCAGUAUUGGGCUUUGCAGUGGGCACUUGCACUGGCAUCUAUGCAGCUCAGGCAUAUGCUGUACCAAAUGUGGAGAAGACACUGAAGAACUACUUUAGGUCACUACGAAAGGGGCCUGACUAGACCCUUUGGGGAAAGCAGGAUGAACGUGUUGGGCCUGCAGAGAGUGGACAGUGCUUUGUCAGCCUGCACCCUAGACUCCUUCCCUCCCUAGUUCCAUGGGACUGACCCCAAAACUAUGGGUCACGAAUCCCUUCUUCAAGACCUAACUGGAAUGUGCAGUUGUCUCUGAUCCUCAGUAUUCUCUCUGGUGAUGUACCACAGUUCUGUACUCAAUUUUCUACAAAUGUGUCCCAGUUCCUCUGUCCCUUGCUAGCUACCCAGGCCACCUGGGUAUGGGCCAUGAGUGUAGAAGAUGGGGGUAUGCCAGGCCUAAGCCGCCCACGACAGGCUCGCUGGACCCUGAUGCUGUUCCUGUCCACUGCCAUGUAUGGUGCCCAUGCGCCAUUCUUAGCACUGUGCCAUGUGGAUGGCCGAGUGCCCUUCCGGCCCUCCUCCGCUGUGUUACUCACUGAGCUGACCAAGCUCUUGUUGUCCGCCUUCUCCCUCCUGGUAGGCUGGCAAACAUGGCCCCAGGGCUCGCCACCCUGGCGCCAGGCUGCGCCCUUUGCACUAUCAGCCCUGCUCUACGGCGCCAACAACAACCUGGUGAUUUAUCUGCAGCGCUACAUGGACCCCAGCACCUAUCAGGUACUGAGCAAUCUCAAGAUUGGAAGCACAGCUCUAUUGUACUGCCUCUGCCUUGGACAUCGUCUCUCUGCACGUCAGGGGUUGGCGCUGCUGCUGCUGAUGGCCGCGGGAGCCUGCUAUGCAUCAGGUGGCUUUCAGGAACCUGUGAACACCCUUUCUGAGCCCCCAUCAGCAGCCGGAGCCCAUCCCAUGCCCUUGCAUAUCACUCCACUGGGAUUUCUGCUUCUCAUCCUCUACUGCCUCAUCUCCGGCUUGUCCUCCGUGUACACAGAGCUGAUCAUGAAGCGACAGCGGUUGCCCUUGGCUCUUCAGAACCUCUUCCUCUACACUUUUGGGGUGAUCUUGAACCUUGGACUGUAUGCUGGCAGUGGCCCAGGCCCAGGCUUCCUAGAGGGUUUCUCUGGAUGGGCAGUACUUGUGGUGCUGAACCAGGCAGUAAAUGGGCUGCUCAUGUCAGCUGUCAUGAAGCAUGGCAGCAGCAUCACGCGCCUCUUCAUCGUGUCCUGCUCACUACUGGUCAAUGCUGUGCUGUCAGCAGUGCUGCUACAGCUGCAGCUCACAGCUGUCUUCUUCCUGGCCGCACUGCUCAUUGGUCUGGCUGUGUGCUUGUACUAUGGUAGCCCCUAAGUCCUUGACCACCUCCGCUCACUUGUGGCUGCGUAGAUUAGAUGCUACCACCAGAGUUAUCUCCCAUUCCCCCUGCAGUCCCCAGCAGCCCUCAAACAAGUGCCUUGUAAGAGAAGCUAAGGUGUCCAGGUUAGCCUUUGCAUGUUCAGGUGGGAGAGUUACCCCUAGGAGGCAUAAAGAGUGAGCUUGGUUAAGGAAACACCUAACUGCACUCCUAUAUUCCUUCAAAUCCAGGCCUGGGCAGCCUGUCCUUGAAGAAGCCUGCUUUGCCCUGCAUGUACAUGUACAUGGCUGCUUCAAGUGAAGUUUCAGUCUUCUUACCUGCUGUGGUCACUCUUGAAGACUCUCUGUCUCCAAGCUUGGUGCUGGCUGUUCAGCCCAGCGUGACUUCCACAUAAGAGAUACUUAGUUUGCCCCCUCUACAGUGCUGUUCCCCUUACCCAUUAUUCUGGAAAGGUCAGAGGGAGCUGGGGCUUGACUCAUCUCAGGGAACAUUGCCCCUGGGCCCUGGCUUAAGCCUACACUCCUGACCCCUGUGCUAAGUUGAGAGCCCCGUUGAAGCCCACUUUACCUCUGAAACACUUAGGAGGUACUGUUCUUCCCACUCAGUGGUGUCCUCACUUCCAACAGCUUGGGAGGGCUCUGCAGAGUAACCAGGGACCAGGUCCAGAAAACCUUUAUAGCCAAUCAGUGUCUAACUAUUUCAGCAAUAAGGUCUUAAUAAAGUGUUUUAGGGUGUAGGGUACUCCCUACAACCAU